AUGCGUACGGCAAACGACGUGAUUCACCGCAUCCUAUGGGACGACUGCAUUCCACAAGCCGAGGUCAUCGUCGGGUACCUCGAUCGCUUCGUUGGCACGGUCGAGCGCGACUUUGCCAAGUUCAAUUGGGGUGACAUUGCAACCUUGUCGCAGACCGAGACGGCGAUCCCGCAGCACCGAAUCCAGUACUUUAAAUGGCGCGACGAGAUCAUUUGGGACAAGCGCGUGCGCCUCGACCGCGUCUUUGGCUCGUCUGGGCACGACGUGAUUGCGUUCUCGCCGUUACCAAGCGCACCUGCACCGUUGUCUAUCGUCGCCGCAGGGACACAGGCCAAUGCAACAACAGUUUUACAUGCCAGCACGGACCGCCCAAACAUUUUUGUGUGCUUUCGCAUCAUGGACCCCGCAGUCGUCGACGCCUGCAAGCACGUGCAAACGGCGAUCAUUGCCACCAACCCACGAUUGGCAGCGGCGGCACUCGCACCGGCGCGCUUCCACUGUACGCUCGUACGACUGCGCCUCCACUCCCUCAACGUUGUGCAGCGACGCAAGUCUGGUUUGGUUAACGAGGUUGCCGCCGCCCAGCGCGUUUUGGCCGAGUGCCAGGGUUUACUGCACACGCUGUGCGCCUCCAGCGUCCGCAUCGACGGCGUCAGUGCGUUUGGCAACCGCGUCGUCUACGCCAAAGUGGCGCCGCACGACGGGCUCUUGACGCUCGUGGCGACGCUGAAAGCGCGGUUCGCAGCCGCCGGAAUUUCGCUCGUCGGCAACCACGACGUGUACCAGCCGCACCUACAACUCUUCAAGCUGGCGAAGGACCAUUGCCGUCUAGGCACCAAGAUCAACGCCCGUUCGUACGCUGCGUACGCUUUGCACGACUUUGGGUCGCAUUCCGUCACUAGCAUGCACCUCUGCGGGCUAGACGACAGCAGCCACAUCGCACCCGACGGAUUUUACCCGCGGCUAGCACCACCGGUGGUCAACGUGGCGCCAAAACGGAUCGCCAAGUCGUCAACGACGCUCAAGUCCCCUGCUGUCACGUCCGUGCACGUGUUUGAUUUGACUUGA